AAACUUACAAUAUCAGUAGAAAAUAUUCAAAGUUUCAUCAUGGAAAACCAAUUUAAUUGCCAUUGCAAUCAACAUUUUAGUGAAACGCAACAAUCCUUAUCUGAAAUUGAAUUUGAAAGAGGAAUUUGGAAUGCUGCUAUUUGCAAUGAAGUGAGUCGCAUACAGUCAUUUGUUUUAAAUGGCAAAACAAACGAUAAAGACAAUUAUGGGUACACAGCUCUACAUUAUGCAGCGCGGAAUAAUAACGAGGAAAUUUGUAAAAUGCUCAUAGUAGAAGGUCAAGCAAAUGUUAAUGCGGUUACAAAAGGUGGAGUUACACCGUUACACCGAGCUUCAAUGAUGGGUCACUUAAAUAUCGUUAAACUACUAAUACAAAAUAAAGCAGAUUUGUUAAUACAAGACGAGGAUGGGCAAACCGCUUUACAUCGGGCAUCCCAAAAUAAUCACUUAGAAAUUUGUGAAUAUUUGCAAAAGAAUUGUGCUGAUUUAAUAAAAAUAAAAGAUAAGAAAGGAAAUGUCCCAUAUGAUUUAUUAACAGCAAAAAAUAAAGAAUUAAAGCUGUUGCUUAAACCUUAAAGAUGUGAAUUAUAUAAUAAUUUUGUUUAUUUCACUGUGAAUUGUAUAAUAAUUUUGUUUAUUUCACUGAUAUAAUGUAUACAUUUUUGUUCAAUUGAAAACAAACGAAUAAAUGGAAUUUUUAGCGAGCUGGUUGUAAUCAAUAUAAAUGAAUUAAAACCAAGUUAUAUUAUGUAUGUUAAUAAAGGUAAUUAAAUGACACUUA